CGGCUGCAGGCGGGCCCGGGGGGAGCCGUGCCCCCGCUUGGCCCCUCUCCCGCCCCGCUGUCCGCUGCCGGCAGGGCGGCUGGACGGCGGCUGAUAACAAAUUACAGUAACGCGAAGGACAGUGCCGCUCAUCGGGAAACACGCGCGGGUUUCUGGUGCUCUAAUGCCAGAAAAACCGUAGAGCCACUCACUGGAGGGUUUCAGAGUUCAGCCUGUACUAGGGCAGAUUAUACCAGAAAGAAGAUUUGUAGAAGCAGUAAAUCGUGAAGCAUAUCAGUAUCAAAUUGGUGACUUUCCACCAGAAUGGGAAGGACCACUGAGAAGAGAUGACAGGGACUGCUUUUAAGAAAAAUAGUUUGAGAAAGACAUUUAAAAGUACAUAUCUUCAGGAAGUGGCAUCUGAUAUACAAGAACCAAAAAGUAUUACCUUGCUUCAUAUCUUUACAGCAUGGAUAAGAAAAAAGAGAGAAGAUCCACCCACCAUUGAGGAGAUUCUUAGGAAUGAAAAUUACAGAGAAGAAAUGAAACAGAAAGUCAAGGAUGUAUCUGAAAAGGAUAAGCUGCUUCAGGCCAAAGAAUAUGAGCAAGGACUUAUUGCUGAACCAAGUCAUACUCAGGUUAAAGGCCACGCAUCUGCCCCUUACUAUGGAAAGAAGGAGCCCUCACAGGACCCCACGAGCACUGCAAAUACCUUCCAGCCAGGUGCCUGGAUGCCACCAGGCAGUGGUAGUAAUCAAAAUAAAUAAGCAAUUUAAUGGACAGGUACUGUUAAUGGAUAAAUAUUUUAACAGACAACAUACACAGCUGUUAUAUGCAGGAGUGCAAUAAAGUAUUAUUAAAGCAGUUUCAGUUACUUUUGCAGAACUUUUCAAAUGGGCUUAAUCAUGACUAAGUAAAUUGUUUGGGUUUAGUGAAGAACAGGGUGUGUAACUAAGUUUGGUUUUGACAGUUGCUGUCCAUCAGUUACUCUUGAAUUCAUAAUUAAAAGACUAUCUAAAUUUU